UGACGUUACGUUUAUUUUCCAUGGUUACAAUGGCUACCAUCUUAACGGUAAUGAAACAAAGAAAAUAAUGAAGAGAAAGAGUUCGACGGAGACUGUUUCUGGGCCUCAGAACACGAUAUCUGAUAUAAGUCAUUUGAUUAAUGACACCCCAUUCGAUUGGAAAGAUUACAGAAUACCGAAAAGACCACGUAAUUUUAAUAACUGCUAUAAUUAUGAGUUGCCAAAGUAUCCUACAAAGGAUCAAAGAAGAAACACAUAUAAGAGCUCCUCAGAUGAUUUGGAAAUGAACAGGCAAAGUAGAAGGGAUUCAUAUCAGGAACACAAUCCAAAAUACCAAAUGCAUGAAAAAUACACUAACCCCAGAAAUCAACAAAUUAAGAGGGAUCAGCCUUGUCCGAGAGAGGGGAUUCGAUCAGAUGACUUUGCUAUUAGUAGACGAGAUAGAAUAGAAAUACGAAGAAAAAUUUUCGAAGAGAAUUACUGGAAAAGUCAGAUGCAGAAGAGAUAUGGUAAUAAUGGUCAGAAUGGUCAACAGACGUAUCAGAGGAAUUGGCAAGAUCCAAGACUGCAAAGGACAGAGGCGAAUGCAAUGAUAUCUAACACCGCGACGUCAGGCCAGACCCAACAGAACUAUUUCUUUUACGGUCCUCGAGACUUGCAGACCCCUGGCAGAGCUCGCCGCGAACUUUUUGUUCAGGACUGUGCCAAACUAAGGCGGGAAAAGGAGUACGAGGAACGCCUCAGACGAGACUUUGAAAAGGAAAAACAGGGAAGGAUAACUCAGUCAAUCUAGAUCUCGUGUAGCCCUGUUUUGAGGAGAUGAGUUGUGUAUUACGCAAUGCGUACAUAAAAUAUCUUGUCUAAUAAAAAUAAUUAAA